AUGAUAGAAAUCCUCCGUUACAUCCCCCUCUUUCUACUCCUCACCUUCACAUGGAGAAUCACCUACGAGCUCUUCUUCUCCCCCCUUCGCCAUAUCCCCGGCUCUCUCCUAGCCCGCCUCUCCAGUAAAUACUCCAUCCUCAAACGAGUCCUCUCUGACGGCCCCCGAUCCGUACAGGCCGACUACCACCGCUACGGGAACAUCUACGUCCAUCGCCCGAAUGGCGUCAGCAUCAGCCACCCGGACGACAUCCGCACCGUGCUGCUGUCGCCGGAAUUCCGCAAGACAAAAGUCUACGAGAUGCUCGACAUUGAAGGGCAUGCGAGCAUGUUCACCACGCGGGACCCCGCGCAGGCGAGUCGUCGACGACGCCAGAUCGGCCCGUAUCUGAGCCAUGGGUAUCUGGGGCGCAUGGAGGAGUUGAUUAUGAAGUACAGCGUGCUUGCCAUUAAGAGCAAGUGGGAUAGACUGUUGGGGGAGAGUGGCAGCCAGCCCGUUACGGUCAACUACCGCGAUGAUACGCAGUAUGCAACGUUUGAUACGAUCGGGGCCCUGGCGUUCGGGAGAGAGUUCAAUGCGCUGAAAAAUGAUGAUCAGACGGUUAUCCGGUGGAUUGAGGCCACCGGGCUGUACCUGGGGAUUCGGAAGAAUUUUCCUAUCCUCAAGGUGAGGCCGUUUUCCAGGGUGUUGCGCCGGUAUCGUGAGCGGUAUGAGCGGUUCAUUGCUUAUAGCAAGGAGUCGGUGACGAGGCGAAAGCAUCUGUUAUCCUCUGCGGGAGAAGGACCGAUGGAUCUCCUGCAGGCGUUCAUCGAUGCGGAAGAUCCCGAGAACCCCCGGGUGAAGAUGACGGCGGACGAGGUGAUGACGGAAAGCAUCGCGAUGCAGCUCGCAGGCAGCGAGUCCACCUCCUUUGUGACCUCGUGGGUGAUCCAUCUCCUGACGCUGUAUCCUCAGCACCUGGCCAAAGUCACCGAGGAGGUUCGCAGCCAGUUCACUCCAUCCCAUCUGAUCACUUUCACCGAGUGCCGCGACAACCUCCCCUACCUAGAGGCGUGCGUCUACGAAACCCUGAGGUACUCCCCGAUCACCUCGGGCUUUUUGCCUCGCGUCUCCUACACAAAGGGCCUCACCAUCCAGGGACACUACAUUCCCCCGGGGGUGGAGGUUGCUAUCAACCUCCACGGGGCGCACAUCAACAAAGACGUGUGGACGAACCCGCAUCUCUACGACCCCACGCGGUUUCUAGGCGAUGAGCAGGCCAAGCGGAAUGUAUUUGCCUUUUCCUACGGUCACCGCAACUGCAUUGGGCGGAAUCUUGCGCUGAUGGAGAUUAUGAUUAUCAUUGCAAACCUGCUCAAGGAGUAUGACAUUGCACUGCCGGAGGACAGUGUGCAUGGGCCGUGGAAUGUGGAUGCCCUGGGAAGGCCAAGGAUCAUGCCCACGCGCAGCGCGUUGUUCACUACGCCCAAGUAUCCAGAGCGGGAUUGUCGCUUGGUAGUGUCUCACAGGCAGUAA